AAGCCGCGUGAUGCGUCGAUCCAGUCCAGUCGUGUUGGCCCACUUUACAAAAAAUCAGCUAGCGGGUGCGCUAAUGUGGUGCGCCACGGUCAGUUAGUGUUCGGCUGUGGAGAAAUGCGCGAGUGUCCGGCACAACAGUAAAAGUACUUGAAGUGUUUGUAGCGAAAAAGUGUGAAAAAUAAGUUCCGCAAAAUAAAAAUUAAUAUAUUUAACAAUGUUUAAGAAAAGUAUAAUUUGCAGCCUGCUAUUAGCAGGUGCCAUAAUCGCCGUCACAUGUACUACCGCCACACAGGCCACUUAUGAAGUGAAUCUAUUACGUUUGCGUAGUGAACCUGCCGCGCUAUUGCGUCAAUCACAGAAUACCUUCAUACAAUGGGUGCUCUCGCUCCUGCCCAAUCGCCCAAAUAUAUUCGGUGUGCCGGGUAGCACAACUACAACAUCGCCUGAUGGUUUGACCAGCACCACAGAAUUUGCGCCAGCACCGCAACCAGCAACCGCUACAACAGCAACAGUGCCAAGCACCAGCACUACGUUGGAGCCCACAACACCAGCGCCACCGAGCACGACGGCAGUACCGACUACCAGCAGUACUGCAGCGCCCAGCACAACGCCCGCACUACCUCCGGUCGUACUCAAACCACCACGGAAUUGCACGGAAUGCGUUUGCGGCAUAGCCAAUACACAGAAGCGUAUUGUCGGCGGUCAAGAGACUGAGGUGCAUCAGUAUCCUUGGAUGGCUAUGCUGUUGUAUGGUGGUCGCUUCUACUGCGCCGCUUCGCUCAUCAACGAUCAAUUUCUUAUUACUGCUUCGCAUUGUGUGUAUGGCUUCCGCAAGGAGCGCAUUAGUGUUCGGCUGCUGGAGCAUGAUCGUAAGAUGUCGAAUUUCCUGAAGAUCGAUCGCAAUGUCGUCAAUAUUACCACCCAUCCCAAAUAUAAUGCACGUACAUAUGAUAAUGAUAUCGCCAUCAUACAGUUGGAUAAACCGGUGGAGAUGACCGAACUUUUGCACCCGGUUUGCAUGCCCACGCCGGGCAAGUCUUUCAAGGGUGAGACUGCUGUGGUGACUGGAUGGGGUGCUAUUAAAGUGGGUGGACCCACUGCUGAUACACUGCAGGAAGUACAAGUGCCCAUCAUGUCGCAGGAGGAUUGCCGAAAGUCUCGCUAUGGGGCAACGCGCAUCACAGACAACAUGCUGUGUGCCGGUUUUGAUGAAGGCAAAAAAGACUCCUGUCAAGGUGAUAGCGGCGGGCCGCUGCAUGUAGUCGCGUCCGGUACUAGAGAACAUCAAAUUGCUGGAGUAGUAUCGUGGGGUGAAGGUUGUGCCAAGGCUGGAUUCCCUGGAGUCUAUGCGCGCGUCAAUCGCUAUGGCACAUGGAUUAAGACGGUCACAAGAAAUGCUUGCCUUUGUCAUUCGGAAACCAAGAAGAUAAAGAAAUUUUAAUAUUUCGGGGAGAGUAACGUAAAAGAACAAUGAUGAGAACGCAAGGCGCUACAGAGGUUGUCAGACGUGAACUUUCAUAUUUAUUUGGGUCACUUGAGAGAGAAGUUUGUUGAUUGGGUUAGUUAAGUUUUAUUGCAAUUACCGCUUAGUUGCUUUAUUUAUUUAUUUAUUACAUUUAAAAAAAUAAAAACAAAUUGCCACUAAGACUCCGACUUUCUAGUGCGAUUUCGUUAGACGGUUUCGAGUUCCAGCCAGUUUGGGAACUUUCCUUUCAUUUGUUUGUCGUUUUUCACAGCAGUUUCUGUUAUUGCAUAGAGUACGUGCUAUUUUUUAUAGCAGCGACCGUUAAAUUUAUUGUUGUUGGUGCAUCUUGACCAUUGCGAUUUCGUGAAUUAGCCCACUGCACCCAACUUGCAUAUCAAUUAAUCCCAAUCGCAGCCGGUUUCAAUUGGGAAAGUUGUUUGAAAAGUAGUCAUUGGCAUACACAGAGGAUAUUUCUAAGCCGCAAAUAAUUGGACAACUAGUCUGCUCUCCACUAUAAACCGGCUAAGUAGCUUAAUUGUGAAACGCUUUCGACAGCGUUGACUUCUAGGCUCAAAGUGCGUUUUUCCAGCAAACAGUUGCUGCACUUUGCUGCAUCUAAGCGGUUCAUACCGACGAAGUAUACCGAGAAUAAUAUGGCUUAUAGAUAUCACUGGUUAACUGCAUUCAUCCUGGUGCAUGUAUCCUUGCACUAUGGUGUCACCUCAGUUGUACCCGCCACCGCGGCAACACCAACGGCUCUACGGCAGGAUAACAUUAUCGGUUGGAUUACAGCGAUUUUCCGCCCAAAUACAACCGCCUCACCGCCAACGUCCAGCUCUGCAACGCCAUCCACACCAAUGCGCAAUUGUCCGUCCUGUAACUGCGGCAACAUCAACACCUUUCAUCGCAUUGUCGGCGGCAUGGACACAGAGGUAAAUGAGUAUCCUUGGAUGGCAAUGCUGAUGCGUCGCGGCGACUUCUAUUGCGGUGGCGCACUGAUCAACGAUCAGUACGUGCUGACGGCAGCACAUUGUGUGCGAGGUUUCAAUAAGCGUCAGGUCUCUGUGCGUCUACUGUCGCACAAUCGCACGGACGGCCGUGUGAGUACGAUCGAUCGCCAGCUCGAUAAGAUUAUAGUACAUGAUGGUUACAGUAUUCGCAAUUUAGAUAAUGAUAUUGCAUUAUUACGUUUCACCGAACCUGUAGAGUUACGUGAUCCUUUGCGACCCGUUUGUCUUGCGGAGGCAGGUAAGACCUAUGAUGGUGAGUUGGCUGUGGUCACUGGCUGGGGUGCCAUAAAGGAGGGUGGCUUCAUAGCUGAUCGCCUGCAGGAAGUGCAAGUACCCGUUAUGUCACUGGAGACCUGCCGCAAGAGUAAAUAUGGCUCUGACCGCAUUACAGAUAAUAUGCUUUGCGCUGGUUAUGUUGAAGGCGGUAAGGACUCAUGUCAGGGUGACAGCGGUGGUCCCUUACAUAUACCCAAUAAUGCGACGAAGUCCUAUCAGUUGGCUGGCGUCGUGUCUUGGGGAGAGGGUUGUGCACGUCCCAACGCACCGGGUGUUUAUACGCGUGUUACUCAGUAUUUGGAUUGGAUUGAAGAGCGUACUAGUGAUUCAUGCAAAUGUCUUGCUGGUGGGGGUGGUGGUGCUGUAGGUGAGAGUAGUAGCACAACACAAGCUGCAGAAAUAGCAAGUAGUGAGUCAAGUACUCAAAGUGUUGUAGAUACCACGUCAACCACGGCAACCACGCCAGCAAGUGAGAGCGGUAAUAUUCCCGAAGCAUCAGCAGUGUAAGUUAAUGUAAUUAUGAAGAUAAUUUAAGAAUUUUGAGAAAGAUUUUGCGAUGAUAUAUAAACAAGACCUAAUUAAAAAGUGAGUAAAAUAAGAAAGCAAUGUAGAAGGGCUUAAGCUAGAGAUUUUUAUUUUUGGUUGCGUAUGCGAACGGAUAAUGGAUUAAGUGAGGAAAGGGGAGGUACAUAGAGCAUUAAAUUGGUGAGGAUCUGUAUUUAAUUCUCUCUAAACUAUUGGUUUUUAAACUGAGUAAUGGACUAAAAUGAAUGUUAAUAAAAACUGCAAACAAUUGUAAGAGUUUUUUAUAUACUUAUAUAUUUAUUUAUUUAUGUAUUUAUUCGUUAAAAAUUCAAAUAUUUGUCUAUAAAAAUAAAUUUUUGAAAAUUUCAA